GGCUUAAAAUGGACAUACUAGUUUUAAAAUAUUGUGUAAGACUUGGUGCCACUAGAUAAAAUCUGCUGCACAGAUAAGGUGCAAAGUGUUUCAUAAAGUCUGAGAAGGAGACGCGGUUGGGACGUUUCGUUCUGCGCUCUCCUCCAGCUCCAUCACUGCCAUUCCCCUUCCCAGUCACUAGGGAGAGACUCUGAACUAAGCAAGCUGCUGUUAUUACGCUUAAAGGGUCCCACAGCAGGCUGGUAGAAUCAGAGUCUGCACCGCACCGCCAUCCGCUCACCGGCCUCCGGGACGCGUCGCACUCUCCGUCCGGGAUGGAGAAAGACGCCUCUGAUCCGGACCCAUCCCGCCAGCGGAACGGGUUCGUGGGCGUGCUGUACGGGGAGUUCACCGACAUGCUCAACGACAGGGUCCGCUACUCGGUGAGCUUGACGGAGAGCGCCCUGACCAUUCAAAGAAUCUCCUCUUCACCCGGCCGGACUAAGGUGGUUUUUAACUUGACCGACUGUGUCGGCUGUCGGGCGUACAGAGGGCCGGACAGCGCGGACGUCGGCGCUUACUUUACAGCCUAUUUCUACCCGUUCAAGAGGCGCUGGAUGAGCGCCGGAGUGACCCGGCAGAGAGUGGAGCAGUGCUUUCGGGUCGCACUGGUCCAGGACCCGCUCGCCAACCUCCAGGAGGCUGAGAGGUGGGCUCAUGCCAUCAGAGAUGCUUCGGCGCGUCAGGCGCCCCGGAGAGACGGUGUGGCGUAUAUGGAGGUGCGUCGGCCUUGCAGAAUUAUGAUACUGGUGAAUCCUCAAAGCGGGCGUGGACAGGCUCUCCAGCUUUUCACCGGCCACAUACAGGGCAUGCUCACGGAGGCCUCUGUUCCCUACACGCUUGUCAUCACAGAGCAUCAGAACCACGCUCGGGAGCUGGUGAGAAAGGCGGACCUGUCGCAGUGGGAUGCACUGGUCAUCAUGUCCGGAGAUGGACUGCUGUUUGAGGUGAUAAAUGGUCUUAUGGAGCGAGAGGACUGGCAAGAGGCCAUUCAGAUCCCUCUGGGUAUUCUACCAGGUGGCUCUGGCAAUGCCCUGGCUGCGUCCGUCCACCACUACUCACAGUCACCUCCAGCAUGGAAUGAGGAGCUUCUGUUGAGCUGUGGUUUCAUGCUGUGCAAAGGCCUGGUUGGCCCUAUGGACCUGGUGUCAGUCCACCUGGCCUCUAAACAGCGCCUCUUCUCGUUCCUGUCUCUGGCCUGGGGCUUUGUGGCAGAUGUCGAUAUUGAGAGCGAGAAGUACCGCCACGUCGGAGCUAUCCGCUUCCUUAUGGGCACCCUGGUACGUCUGGCCUCACUCCGAGUGUAUCAGGGCAGAUUAGCAUACCUUCCCGUGAAGGAAGCACCAAAACUUUCAAAAGGGAGCUUCACAACAAACCACCCACCCUCCACACCUCAGCACCCCUCACUCUGUUCUUCACUUCCUUGUCAGUUUAUUCCCAACACUUCCCCAAACCAGAGCUCUCGCCACGGCACGAACUCAAACCACAACACUAGAACCAAUUCUUCCAACAACGCCAUCACCACCAAGAGGCCUCAGAUUGAGAGUGACAGCAAGACAAGAGCCCCUGUAGACUCUCUGCUUCCUGACCUGGACCAACCUGUCCCAGAGACGUGGACAGUGGUCAAGGAGGAAGACUUUGUCUUGGUGCUGGCUAUUUACCAGUCCCACCUGGCUGAGGACCUGUGGACAGUCCCUGGUGCAAUGGCAGAUGAUGGUCUGAUUCAUUUGUUCUACGUGACAGCAGGAAUCUCCCGGCCUGCCCUUUUGCGUCUCUUCCUUGCCAUGGAGAAAGGUGCCCACUUGGCAUGUAGCUGCCCCCACCUGGUGUACGAGAAGGUGACGGCUCUGCGACUGGAGCCCAUAACUCCACAAGGCAUGAUCACUGUGGACGGAGAGGUGGUGGAGUACGGGCCGGUGCAGGCUCAGAUCCACCCCGGAAUAGCUAGACUCAUGUGCGGAUGAAUUUGGAGCAUCACAACCUUUUCCUGGCUGUAGAGCUUUCUAGAUUGGCCUUUUAUACUCAGCGUCAAUUUCUUGAUGUGUGCUGUUUUUUUUUUCAUUAUUUUAUGUUUUUUCAGAAGUGCCAAAGACAUUUUAUCAGCCUCUGUAAAUUUCUCUAUUUUUCUACUGAAACAACUUGUCCUAUUUUUAUGGAUCUCCGUCCCCUCUUUCUCCAAAUGUUUGAUUCAGGGUCAAAGCCAUGGAUGGUUGGUCUUGCUGCUGGCUGGUCCAGGCUUAGGGAAAUACGGAGGGAUUAUGUGUCUGUGUGUGUAUGUGUGUGUGAGUGCAUAAGAGAGAGAAAUCUUUAUGUAUGUUUGUGUGUGAGAUCGUGCAUGAGAAGCUUUAGCGGUGCGGUGGCUGAGGAGUGCAUUGUGCUCUCUGCUGUCAGACCUCAUAAGCAUGGAACACGUGAAGAGAAGCACAUUUCCCCUUCCUGGGAGACUCCUGGAAAAAAAAAAAAUCAAACACACCGCUUGUACCCAGUGUACCACACCAGACCAAUAAUCUCACUCCUGGGCAUCGCCUCCCUCUCAGCUUCAUAGAGAGGAGAUUUCUUAAAGAGGAAAUGUAAAUCUACCAAGGAUUUCGCAUUAACGGAGCUUUAAUCUUUGAUUAAUGUAUGUUAAAAAAAGCAACAACGAGAUCUUGUCACAUUAAGCUUUAUCACCUUACGAUGCCCACUCCAUUUUCUUGAGCGUGGAAACAUUCAUCAGCUGACAAUGCAUGAAGUGCUGGCAAGGUAGACAGAAACCCGGCCACCUGAGGUUACACCUCCACUGCUGGCCGCUCCUUUUCCUCUCCUCCUGUUCCAUCUACAACCAUCAUGAAACCGUAGGAUCUGCCUCUGCUCGCACGCAGAUACACACUCCCACUUUCUUUCCCCCUUCCCCCUCCUCCUAUGCACACACACACACACACACGUCCCCUUACAUCUCUGCAGCACUUAGCGAGGGGGAGGGGCAUGGUCUGCCGCUGUGCAUAUGAUCCCUACUCCUCUUGCCGUCUUAAGAUUGUACUCAUUCUCUCCCUCCCUCUGUUAACGAGCCAUCAGCACCUAAUGUGUCCUUAAUAUGAGGCUUUACAUUUGUAAAACCGUGCUCAAUAGAGAGCCUCUCUUUUUUUUAAUCAAAUGAAAGCUUUUAGGUGGGCUUCAAACACAUAUUAGACUGGUUGAAACACACUUAAAUGGAGGAAGUAGGAUUUCAUUUUGAGUCUGUCAGCAUUGAAUAUUGAGAAGCGUGCAAUCAAUGUGAGCAAAAGCUCUGCUCAGCUGUGUGGCCUUUCCUCUGGCUGUCAGCGCAGCUGUGAUGAGCAUUAGUGCGCUGGAGAAGUGCAAAUGUUAGCAUUAUUAUCAGUGCCCUCUCCACACACACACACACACACUAGUUUAAAUUAUAAAAAAUAAUCGUGUUAACAGAGCAAAAGAAAAGAUAAAUGCAGAUGCAUCUGCUAAAAAGCAAAUCACAUGUAAUGCUGAAGGUGAAAAUCUGUAAUGUCGACAGGCUGAUGGAGCUCAAAGUGCUGAAGAUCAGCUGCUUCAAGGUUUUGAUGAAUACAUCACUGUCAUCAGUGAAAUACAGUCAGUGUGAUGAGCUGAAUUCGCACACCAGUUUCUGCUUCUGGAGGUUCCAUGAGUGAUGGACCCUUUUUCUUUCUUAGAGUCGUAAUGAAAAUUAUUGGGCAAUGGCAGCCGGCCACCUGGACACUGGCUGAGACAGCUACUAUUAGUUACACUGGGGUGGCACAGAAACUUACGUCUCCAUUUAUUUUUUUGAUAACACACACGCAGAAGUGCACCAUCAGGAAACAACAGCUGCUGAGAAAUGCUUCAAAAAGGAAAAGCAUAAAAAUUUUUAGUUCACUCUGUUCAGUAAUAGACACAUAUAGUUCCCAAAUAGGCCACCACUUGGCUCCACCCCUGCAGUAUAUCAUAGGCUGGAUACCAGGCAAAAUGGUGCCUCAUAUGUUUGGAUGAAAGCUGCACAGUGGUAAUUACACUGGAAAUAAUGAAAUAAAUAAUUGCAUGAGGGACUCAGGUGCUCUGCACAUGCUCCAUACCUCAUAAAAACACACAGCUCUUCUAAAUUUCCUAAAUCAUAUUAAAUUAAGCACAUCAAAUCCAGAAAAAAAAAAUCAUCUCAUGAGAUGUUUAUAUUGGAUCGUAUUUUAAUGAUUGCUUAUGAAGAGGGUAAAAAAAAUUAUUUAGUCCAGCCAUCCUCUGUGUACAUCACGUGAUAAACACAGAGGAUGGCUGAUUUAUUUAUAUAGUUUAGAUGGAUUAUUUAGGACAUUAACAUCCAACUGAAUAAUGUUUAAAUGUAUCUUUAAAAACAACCCAGACAUUUGAAACAAAACACAAAAACAAAUGAAUUAUUAAUUUAUUGCUGCUGUUAUCUGUUUUUUGAUAAAUUCUAUAAGUAAAUAGCAAUUUAAAAUAUAGCGGAAGAGGAAGAUAAUAUCAGAGAAUUAUAGGACACUCCCUAAUAAUACUUUUGCAGUCCUUUAAUGAACUGUAAGAUACUUGAAGUUGACCUGACUCAUUAUGCAUAUUUUUGGUUUCCAUGUUCACUGCAGUGCCGAUUUUUUGCCUAUUACUUGAUUUUCCGUGCGGACACAUGCCGCGUGAACCUCAUCGUUCCAACUCAUACCUGACAUGCUGUACCUUCUACCAUUGCU